AUGGCGACGACGGAGAUGGAGCUGGUCAUGGGCGUCGUCGACGGCGGCAGUAACAAUGGAGGAGGCAGCAGCGGGCUGGUGGUGACGGAGCUGAGCCACAUCAAGGAGCUGGUGAGGCAGCUGCAGGUGCACCUCGGCGGCUCCCCGGACCUGUGCAAGCACCUGGCCUCGCAGAUCUUCUCCCUCACCGAGCGCUCCAUCGGCCUCAUCACCUCCUCCAACCUCGAGUACGGCGCCCGCCGGAAGCGGUCCGCGGGCGAUGCAGACCUCGCCUCGCCGUUCUCGGCGACGCCCACCAGCGACGUCACCGACGGGCCGUUCAAGAACACCAAGAAGAGGAAGGUGAUGGAACAGCGGAGGCAGAGGGUGAGCUCGGCCGGCGGCGAGAACCCGGUCGACGACGGCCAUAGCUGGAGGAAGUACGGCCAGAAGGAGAUUCUCGGAGCCAAGCACCCAAGGGGCUACUACCGCUGCACGCACCGCCACUCGCAGGGGUGCCCCGCGACGAAGCAGGUGCAGCGCACCGACGAGGACCCGGCGCUGUACGACGUCAUCUACCACGGCGAGCACACCUGCGUCCACAAGCCAGCAGCGGCGGGCCAGGCCACGGCGCCGGCGGAGCACAACCCGGACGCGCACGGCCACCUGCAGACCCUGAGCGCCGGGCUCACGGUGAAGACCGAGGGCCUGCCUGCGGCCGCCACGCCCUUGUACCUCUCCGCCUCCACGCCGCCGGCGAGCGGCGGGUGCCAGCUGGCGCCGUCCACGGCGUCGGAGAACUGGGUCGUGUCGCCCGCGACCUCGGACUCCAACAACCACGUCGCCUCCUACCUGCCGUUCGACGACGCCGAGUGGCGGGGGCACGCCGAGCUCCAGGAGGUGGUGGCCGCGCUCGUGGCCGCCAGCGCGCCGCCGCCCGCCGUGGACAGCUUCGACGACCUGCUGAUCGACAUAGACAUCGCGAGCUUCUUCGCGUGA